AUGGUCUUGCACAACCCUAACAACUGGCAUUGGGUCAACAAGGACGUCGGCCCUUGGGCCAAGGAAUACUUGGAGACCGACCUGAAGACCGUCUCCGCUGAGGCUGAUGGCGUUUCCGCUCAGAUCGACAGGCUGAUCAGCAUGGACGGCGACGUCGAUGUCAGCCAACGUAAGGGAAAGGUCAUCACGAUAUUUGACGUGAAGCUGCAGUUGGAGUACUCGGGCAAGAACAAGGAGGGCGAGGCAGCAAGCGGCACCAUCACCAUCCCGGAAGUUGCGCAUGAUACGGAGGAAGACGAGUACGUUUUCGACAUAGAUAUCUACUCCGACUCCGCAAGCAAGCAGCCUGUCAAGGAGCUUGUUCGCUCCAAGAUUGUACCGCAGCUGCGGACCCGCCUUGCCAAGUUUGGCUCUGCUCUGAUGACGGAGCACGGCAAGGACAUCCAGCACGCCCCGGGUAGCAACCCUUCAAGUGGUUUCCCUGCCACCAAGGUCUACUCCAACACCUCGAUACCGAAGCAGAAGGAUGAACCGGCGUCCGGUUCCACGUCCACUGCUACCUCGGGCAACGGGUCUGCUGUCAACGUCACCACCCUGACUUCCAACGAGGAGUUCCGCACCACUGCCGCAGAACUCUAUCAGACCUUCACGGACCCCCAGAGGAUUGCGGCUUUCACGCGGGCACCGCCCAAGGUCUUCGAAGGCGCGAAGCAGGGUGGCAAGUUCGAAAUCUUUGGUGGCAAUGUUACUGGCGAGUAUGUUUCGCUUAACGAGCCCACGAGGAUUGUUCAGAAGUGGCGCCUUGCACAAUGGCCCGCUGGCCACUACUCUACCCUUAACAUCAAUUUCGACCAGAACGAUGUGGAUGCGGUGACUGUCAUGAGGGUCGACUGGGAGGGCGUGCCCAUCGGUCAAGAAGACGUCACCAAGAGGAACUGGGAUGAGUACUACGUGCGGUGCAUCAAGACCACGUUCGGCUUUGGCACCAUCCUGUAA